UAAAAAUGAAGAAGGAAGGUAACUCCUUUGGGAAAAUAUUCUGAUCAAGCUUCAUGAUCCUUAUAUUUGAGUUCGUUGGGACUGUUGUCCUCACAGUGUUCCAAAGAAUGACCAGUGGCGUUGUGUUCUUGUUUGCGUUCUGGUGGAUUUUCGCUCUAUUCCAUAACUUGACCGGAAGUCAUUUCAAUCCAGCGGUUACUAUUACUUGUAUGUUGAGAAGGGAUAAAGGUAAAUUCAAUUGGCCUCUCGGAUUCGCAUACAUUAUUGUCCAAUUCAUCGGGGCGUUCUGUGGAGCCCUCCUCGCUUUUAUGUGGACACAAACUGGAGGAAACAUUGUUAUAGUCAAUAUUAAAUACAGUUUUCAGGCUAUUUUGUCAGAAAUCUUUGCUAGUUUCCUGUUUAUUUUCAUGUUUUUGAUCCAAACAGAGGAGAAAACAAGAUUCUCACAGGAUAAAGCCAUCUGGUCGUUCAUUGUAGCAGCUACUUAUGGAACUUGUUUGGCAUUUAACGAAAAUGUGUCUGGAUCUCUGAACCCCGCAUUUGGACUUGCGGUUCAUUUGACCAUGCUGAUGGAUCAUGGCCAUCACUUCUUAAAAUAUUCUUGGAUUUUUAUUGUUUUCCCAUUUGUUGGAGGAAUCGUUGCUCUCAUAGUUCAUGAGUUUAUUUACAAAAAGACCCAAGAUAUGGUCGAUGAUGAGUACGAAGUCAGGAGAGAAAGUAUGAUGGCAAUCAAUACAUCAGAUCCUUAACUUCCAGAAUCAUGACUC